AUGCUCAAGAUGGCGAUUCUUCCUCGCCGCCCGGAACACCAGAGUGUUCUCGACAUUCCGACGCCGCCAUUGCAGCAGGCCGCCGUCUUCGUCAUUUUCUUCUUCACGGCACUUGCGUUUGUUACCUACAUUCUACGGGCAAUCACCCGCAUCCGGACGCGAACAUGGGGCAUCGACGACUAUCUCAUUACGGGAGCCAUGAUCUUUUCGCUCAUGAUGAUCGGGCCGUUUUACAUGUAUAUCAAGCUGGAAUACUUUGGCUGGCACACAUGGGAUGUGCCAAAGUUUGACCCGGCACCGGGGAUGUGGUGGUUCUAUCUAGCCCAGCUCUUCUACAACCCGAUCCUCGCCCUCGUCAAAGCCUCGGUGCUUUGCUUCCUACUACGCCUCGGCGGCCAGAAACCCGGUGUGAGGAACGCCAUCUACUUCCUCAACACGUUCAAUGCGCUGCAGGCCAUUGCCAUCUUCCUCGUCGCUACCCUACAGUGUCUACCCAUCGAGGCCAACUGGGACGCGGCCGUCAAGGCUGAUCCAAACACUAAGUGCAUCGACAACUCGUUCCACGUCACGAUCUCGAGUAUCACGAUUUUGACCGACAUCGCGGUGAUUGCGUUGCCGUUCUGGAUUUUCCUGGGGUUGAAGAUGCCCCGGGCUGCCAAGGUGGCCGUGCUCGGUAUCUUUACCAUGGGUCUUGCCGUCACCAUCAUCGGCAUCGUCCGUCUCCACGGCGUCAUCGCCCUCUUCUACCUCAAAUCCAAUGCCACAGAUCCCCUCUACAACAUCACCGUCACCCUCUCGGUCGUCGAAUCCAAUCUCGCCAUCGCCUCCGCCUGCGCCCCGGCCCUCCGUCCUCUCUUCCGCUCCGUCCUCCCCGGCCUCUUCGGCGGCAGCAGCGCCAACAACAAAUACAACCCCAACAACAACUACCCCCAUCCCAGCAGCCGCAGCACCCCCUAUGCACUUUCCGGCAACCGGGGCACCAAGAACGGCACCGGCAUCGAGAACACCCUGUCGUCUCACCACGGCCGCACCGAAUCCGCCUCCGCCGUUACCCGCCACAGCAGUAUCCGUCUUAAGAACCUGCGCGGCGGUGGGCAUCCCGUUAUGGGCUUGACCGAGUGUCGGAGCGUGAGCCCGAGUGGUUCGGAGGAGGAGAUCAUGACGUAUAAUGGGAUUAUGCGCACGACGGAUGUGCAGGUGCAUUAUGAUGAUCGUCGGCUUGAUCGUCACCAUCACGGUGGUGGUGGUAAUGGGAAUAGGUCUGGGGUGAGGACGGACGAGUCGCCGUCGAGUCGGGGGUCCAGUGAUUUGAAGGGGGUUGCGCGCUGA